AUGCUAAUCAUGCCCGUGGUAGCCUUUCUGGCGACGUUGCCAGUCCUUUCCGUCUUAGGUGGACAGGUCCCCAUGAUCGAUGGCGUCUUGGGCGGCGUGCCCGCCUUCCGUGCAUCGUACGCAGAGGUCAAAGAGAAGGUAGCGUCUGCAGUGCCAACCCGUGUAACGGGGCCGCUACGCGUCACGGAAAACAGCGGUAUCUGUGAGACCACUCCAGAUGUGUAUCAGGCGUCGGGUUACGGCAACAUCUCGUCCUCAGAGAGCAUGUGGUUCUGGUUCUUUGAGGCACGGAACAACCCUGAUACAGCACCACUCACUAUAUGGCUGAAUGGCGGACCUGGAUCUUCGAGCAUGAUCGGCCUGUUUCAAGAACAUGGUCCUUGCCGAAUUACGAACGAUAGUAGCAGUGUGACGCUCAACCCGUACUCCUGGAAUGAAGUCUCCAAUAUGAUUUAUGUUGAUCAACCUAUCGGUACUGGUUUCUCAUACGGCACGACCAAUGUCCGCACAUCGCAAGAGGCCGCAGAUGAUAUAUGGACAUUCCUCCAAAUAUUCUUCGCGGAUUCCCGCUUCAGCAAGUACCAGAAAAACGAAUUCGCACUGUGGACAGAGUCAUACGGAGGCCACUAUGGACCCGCAUUCGCAGCCUACUUCUUGGAGCAAAAUGCUGGAAUCGCCGACGGAUCUGUGACCGGUGUGCUGAUCAACUUGAAGUACCUGGGAGUCGGAGACGGUAUCACUGAUCCGCUCUCGCAAUAUCCCGGAUACAUCGAAUAUGCAGGUUCGAAUCCGUAUCACCCUCUCGUCUCAAGCUCGGUGAUCGGCACUGGGAACCAAUCCUGGACAUCGAGACACGGUUGCAAAGCGCAGAUCGAAGCGUGCUAUGACAACGGCUCCGACGACACAUGCGCGAACGCGCAACAGUACUGCAACGACAAUAUCCUCGAGCCACUCGCAGGCAAUUAUGACGUGUACUAUGUGCUAUCGCAAAACCCGGACCCAUACCCGCCGGACCUCACGCCGUACCUAUCGAACUCCACGCUCCUAGCGCUCAUCGGCGCAGAUAGCCAGUGGCAGGAGGAUAGUAACGAGGUGUACAACAACUUCGCCUGCACGGGCGAUUGGAUGCGCAAUUCACGGCCGGAUUUGGAGACGGUCAUCAAUUCGGGUGUGCGCACGAUUGUUUAUGACGGCGAUGCUGACUACAUCAUGAACUUCAUGGGUGUUGAAGCUAUGGUGGCCAACCUGCAAACAGAGUUCAGCAGCCAGUUUGCGCAGCAGCAGUUCACCAGCUGGACGGUCGCUGGACAGGCCGCAGGGAUCUACAAGAACGCCGGGAUGUUCUCGUACGUGCGCAUCUUUGGCGCUGGCCAUGAGGUCGCUGCGUACGAGUACGGCACCCUUAGCAGAGGCCAGGCGGCGUUGCAGAUGUUCAGCCAGAUCAUGAGCAAUCAGUCACUUUUCUCGACGUGA